AAGAAGGAAGCUGUCAUUGCUCGAGAGAAAGACGUCUCCGCCUCCUGCUCAGUCUUCUCGAAAGGUUUGCAGCAGGUACGGUGGGCAGACGCUGCAAUGGCCGAGCCGCCGCUUCCCCCUCCAGUGAGGGGGCUUCGAGAGGCGCUGGAGGCUCACUUGCAGGGCCUGGGCAUCCAAGCACUCAGUGUGGAACAUCCCGAAGUGUUUACAGUUGAAGAAAUGAUGCCUUAUGUACGACACUUAAAUGGAGCUCACAGCAAAAACCUUUUCCUUAAAGACAAGAAGAAAAAAAGCUUUUGGCUGGUGACAGUUCUGCAUAAUCGACAAAUCAAUUUAAAUGAUUUGGCAAAGAAACUGGGUGUUGGAAGUGGGAACCUGCGCUUUGCUGAUGAAGCAGCCAUGUUGGACAAGCUGAAAGUUGGCCAAGGAUGUGCAACCCCCUUAGCUCUUUUCUGUGAUCAGGGAAAUGUAAACUUCGUUUUGGAUGCUAGCUUUCUGGAAGGAGGUCAUGAUAGGAUUUAUUUUCACCCAAUGACCAAUGCAGCAACUAUGGGCCUGCACCCAGAUGACUUCCUAAAAUUUCUGAAGUCCACAGCACAUGAACCCAUAAUUGUGCAUUUUGAUGAAAACCAAAUAGUUUAAACCAAUAGGGUAACUGGGUUGGAACUUGUAUUAACACGCAUAAUGAUAUCCUAUAUUCAGAAAGGUUUUCUAGGAUGGAAGUCAUCAUUGGAAAAUCACAGGGAUAGCUCUCUACUCCUUUUAGUACAUUUAGUGCUGAAAUUUAUGACUUAUUCAUUCAUGAUUUGUAAGAUUAGUAAAAUGCGCUUUUUUGUGCACUUUG